AUGUUUGAGGGCGAGGAGGAUCUUGCACCCCUAAAAGCCGACUCGGACUCCGGUGACGACAUCCGAAAACCCCGAAGAGCCUCACAAGCUGUAACACAGCUAACAGAGCUAGGGUGGAGGACAAGAGCUCAGGAACAGACAGAAAUUGACGAAUUAGAAGCAACUACUCUAAACUUCUUCCCAUCACUCCAUUCGCAAUCUACAGCUCCAGAUAUCCCGGCGAAGUUUCGUAAACUUCUCUCUCCCGGUAAAAUCGGUCAGAUCCUCUGUCUAGGAAACUUGACCGACAAAGAAACAUACGACUUUCUACGUUCAACUGCGCCUGACCUUCAAAUUGUCAAAGGUGAUUUCGACGUCGACGCAACAAACCUUCCCUUAUCGAAAGUUGUAACCCACGGUAAUCUGCGCAUUGGGUUCACGCAUGGGCACACUAUUAUCCCACAGGGUGAUAGUGAUAGUCUGUUGAUCGAAGCUAGGAGACUGGACUGCGAUGUACUAGUUUGGGGAGGAACACAUCGAUUCGAAGCCUAUGAGCUGGAAGGCAGGUUUUUCAUCAAUCCAGGCUCGGCAACAGGAGCCAUAUCGGGCGGAUGGGUCUCUGAAGAGGAGCCUAUUAUUCCAAGUUUCUGCUUGAUGGACGUUCAAGGCAGUGUCCUAGUCCUCUAUGUCUACCAGCUCCGCACCGACGAAAAAGGCAAUGAGAGUGUCGGAGUAGAAAAGGUCACCUUCAGAAAGAACGGCGAGACCGCGUCAUAG